CCUCUGCGUAACCUGCCGGGUCCGCCAGCGGGAAGUUGGGCCUAUGGUAACAUGAAAGAGAUCGCCGCCAUGGACAACACCCUCCUCCCGGACACUUGGUUCAAGAGGUAUGGAAAGGUGUUCGUAGAUCGUGAAUUCUUAAUGCGGCCGCGUCUCUGGUCCCUCGAUCCCCGAGCCAUGCAGCACGUGCUGUCGCAUCCCAACGAUUUCCCCCCGCCAGAGGAGACACAGCAGGCUCUUCAGAUGGUUUUGGGACGAGGUUUGCUGUCUGUUUCGGGCGAAGAGCACAGAAAGCAGAGGAGAAUUUUGAAUCCUGCCUUUGGGCCCGCACAAGUCCGCGAUCUCACGCACAUCUUCGUCGAGAAAUCUAUACAACUUCGUGAAUACUGGGCCAACGUUGUGCGCAGCGGCAGCACCCGUGUGAAUGUGAACAAGGAUCUGAGUAAACUGACACUCGACAUCAUCGGCGUCGCAGGAUUUGGAUACGACUUCAACACUCUGAAUCCCGAAGGAAAGCCCAACGAACUCAGUCUCGCCUUCAGCAGGUUGUUCAUGAGCUCUCCGUCCAUCUCGGCGCUGGUGCCGUUCCUGAGAACCUUGUUCCCCAUCCUCAAGCUUAUUCGAACCGAACGAGUAGCUACUAUCGAAGCCGCAUCUGAGGUAUUCCAUCGUGUCGGUAUGCAGUUAGUCGAAGAGCGGAAGACCGCUAUCCUCAAGGAAAUGUCGGAGAAACAUCUGCAAGGUGUCGAGCGCAAAGAUUUGCAAGGUCACGACCUGUUAACGCUCCUCAUGCGGGCCAACAUGGCGAAGGAUGUCCCGGAGAACCAAAGGCUGUCUGACAAAGAGGUCCUCGAUCAGAUCCCUACCUUCUUGCUCGCGGGACACGAAACCACGAGCACUUCGUCUACUUGGGCCUUAUGUGCGCUCUCCAAGAACCCCGCUCUGCAGAAGAAGCUUCGGGAAGAGUUAUUCACCGUCCAGAGCGACACGCCGACAAUGGAAGAACUCUCGGCGCUGCCCUACCUCGACGCCGUCGUGACCGAAACUCUACGGUUGUACACCCCCGCUACCAUGUCAUUCCGCGUGGCGAGCAAGGAUAGCGUGAUACCCCUCAGCGAGCCCUUCACCGAUUGCCAUGGGAAGGUCCAUAACGAGCUCCGGGUUGCCAAAGGCAACAAAGUCGUUAUCCCCAUACUGGCCAUGAAUCGUUCUGCGGAGAUCUGGGGACAAGAUGCUAUGGAGUUCAGACCCGAGCGUUGGCAGCAGCCCCCGGAGGCCAUCUCGGCAAUCCCUGGUGUAUGGGGCCACCUGCUUACCUUCAUCGGCGGGCCGCGCGCAUGCAUCGGCUUCCGCUUCUCCCUCAUCGAGCUCAAGGCCAUUUUGUUCACGCUCAUCCGCGCGUUCGAAUUCGAGCUCGCUGUUCCCGCGGAGGAUAUAGUCGCCAAGACCGAAGGCCUACAGCGUCCGUCUCUGUUGAGCGAGCCAGAGAAGCGAUACCAACUCCCGCUUCUCGUCAAGCCAUACAGUACUUCUUAAGCAGAGAGAUGAGGCACGCUGGGCGAUGAUAUGCCGGGCAAUGUGUUUGACUUCGAUACCACAAGCUUCGUUUUACGAUGGUGUUGUCCGGUCGCUCUAUUUCUAGAAGAUCUUUUCAAUCAAUGUCGCUCGUUCCG